AUGUUUAUGACCAUUGUUUACUUGUUUAUGACGUAUCUAGACCUUCGUCAACACCGUAAACUACACGACAAGGAGUUUCCCAAGCCUCUUGAAGAAGCGAUUCAAGGGCUUGGAAAAUACAGUCUCAAGACGAAAGAAUCAGAUACGAAAGAAUCAGGUGACCACGAAUCAGAUGGUCAAGAAUCAGAUACAACUCUGCUUGCUGCUACAAAGGCUAAAUUUGACAAGAGUCGUGCCUAUGGACUGGAAAAGAGCACGUUUAGUUUUGUCAGUGGCGCGUACAACCAGAUGGAGGCCACAGUAUUUCUACUACUGGGUUAUUUGCCCUUUAUGUGGACAAUAAGUGGUCAGGUCUUAGCGGCUUUGAAUCUGGACGCUCAUAAUGAGAUUUAUAGAGCUUUAAUGCUCCUGACACUAACAAGUAUUCGAGAUACGCUCGUGCAGAUUCCUUUUGACCUUUACUCGACAUUUGUCGUGGAAGCUCGUCAUGGUUUUAACAAGCAGACAUAUGGGCUUUUCUUUAUGGAUAAGAUCAAGACCUUUGUGCUGUUUCUCGUCAUUGGAUUUCCAGUUACAGCAGUAUUGAUCUAUGUCAUUCGAUGGGGAGGAGAGUAUUUUUAUAUGUACGUCUGGGCUUUCUUAUUUGUCUUCUCAGUCAUCAUGAUGACGCUUUAUCCGGUGCUCAUUAUGCCGCUAUUCAAUAAAUUCACACCGCUAGAAGAGGGUGAACUCCGCACACGUAUUGAAACACUAGCAGCAAGUCUUCACUUUCCGCUGACCAAACUUUUUGUCACGGACGGCUCCAAGCGCUCCAGCCAUAGCAAUGCCUACUUCUUUGGACUGUUCAAGAGCAAGCGCAUUGUGCUUUUUGACACGCUCUUGAAGCAAGCGACAAACGAUGAAAUUGUUGCCAUUCUAGGCCACGAGCUCGGACACUGGAAGCUUUGGCACACUGCGCAGGGCUUUGUGAUCCAACAGGCAUAUAUUCUCGCCUCGUUCUAUGUGUUUGGCCUCUGCAUGAACGAUGCCGAGCUUUUUGCAAGUUUUGGGUUUGCAGGCGACUCGACAAAGCCUGUAAUCAUCGGUUUCAUGCUCUUUUCACAGACCGUCUGGGCUCCGGUAGAGCACGUGCUGUCGUUCUUGAUCACUCUGAACACGCGCCGAAAUGAAUUCCAGGCAGAUGCGUUUGCGGUGGACCUUGGCCAUGACGUCGCACUCAAGUCAGGACUCACCAAGCUUGCCAUUGAGAACCUGUCCAACAUGAACCCUGAUGCGCUGUACAGUGCCUAUCACUACAGCCAUCCACCUCUUGUUGAGCGUCUGAAUGCUAUCACGGCGCGUGCUAAGAAAUCGCAGUAA